AUGAAUAUAAGAAAAAAACCAAGUUAAAAAAUAAUUGCAAAUCGUAGUAUUUCUUAAUUAAGAAAUGGCUCAGACUAAGAAGAAACUGAAUAAUUACCUAAAAUAAAACCUAAGUCAGUAAACCGAAGUUCAAAAAAGAACUUUGAGAUAAAGAAAGUUAGAAUAAAGGUUGCUAUUUCUGUUGAUAAAAUGGAAAUAAUCAAUAAAUAAAACAAAUUAAGUCCAAUAAAAUAAGAUGAAUCUCCUUAAUUAAGUGAUAGAAAUUAAUCUCCCUCAUCUAAUGUUAAGAAAACAAAUGAAGAAAAUAAUAGAUAGAAUUUAAGUAAAUUUAAAGUAAAUGAAAUAUAGAGAAAUCCAUACAAUAAGAUUAUGAAUUUGAUGAUAAUUUAGAAAAUAAUUUAGAGAGUUAUGUAAAAUUGUAUUAUUCUAUUGUUGGUUUGAUGGAUGCAAUGAGAAAAGUAAUUAAAAAAAUAAUUAUAUUUUGUGUAGAACGUAAGUGAUUUAGUUGAUUAGAUUAAUAGAUAUUUAGAAGUAAUGGAUAGUAUUCAUUUUUGUUAGAUUGAAAAACUUUUGAUUGAGAAUAGUAAAUAAUUUAGACAAAUAUUAAUAUUGAUUAAAAUAGGGGUAUUUAGUUUCUUAUUUUUAGAUUGUUGUUAUAAUAAAUAGUUUUUUUGAUUAACACUUUUACACAAGUAAUGUAGUGAAUUUUAAAAAUAUUUUGAUUUAUAAUUUAUAAAAUUAUUUAUUAUUAGGUGAUAUGAUAUUAUUGAAGACAUAGAAAUAAGAAUUAUAAAAUAUUAUAAACUAAAAUAAAAAAUAUUUUGGAAGUAAGAAGGUAGAUUAAAAUACAUAAAUUCGAUAAAAUGUAGAAUUAUUGUCUGGUGUAUAUAAAUCAUUAACAAAGUAAUCUAAAGAUCUUUAUCAAUUUAUAUGUACUUACUUAAAAUAAAUACAAUAUCUUUAAAUAUUGGAAUCUAAUUUAGUUUUGUAGAAUUAUAUUUCUUUAUAUUUUACAAUGCAGUAGAGUUAUCAUGGUUUAUUAGGAAUUCCUUUAAUUUGUGUAGCAAAUAAACCAUAUUUACCAAGAGAGGGAAGCCAUGAAUUGACUUUAAUUGUAGAUAUGGAUGAAACAUUAAUACAUUUUAUUGAUUAAACAAAAAGCUUUUUAAUAAGACCAUAUGUAGAGUAAUUCUUAUAAGAAAUGAGUAAUUAUUAUGAGAUUACAGUAUUUACAGCGGGAUUGGCUGAUUAUGCAAAUUGGAUAUUGGAUUAGGUAGAUAAAAAUAAAUAUAUAAAAUAUCGUUUAUAUAGAUAACAUGCAAUGCAAUAUUAAAAUCAUUUUGUUAAAGAUUUAUCUAGAUUAGGUCGUAAUUUAAAGAAAGUUAUCAUAGUAGAUAAUAUUGCUGAUAAUUUUUAACAUUAACCAGAAAAUGGGAUAUUUAUAAAAACGUGGUAUAAUGAUUAAGAUGAUAAGGAAUUAUAAAAAUUAAGUAUUUUUUUAAAGAAACUGGCUGAGAAUGGAUGUGAAGAUGUAAGAGAGGUUUUAAAAGAAUAUAAAAGUUCAUAAUUAUCUUAAAUGUGA